GUCGGCGCGUGUGCGCAUGCGCAGUGUCACAUCCACCGUGGACAUCUUGGAAUUAAAGGGGCGCCGAGCGAUUCCUGACAAAAGCAACACUUUCAGGCGCUCGUCUCUGGAUCAUGUCCACGAUGGUGUACCCUCGUGAGGAGAAGCUGGAGAAGCUGUCUCAGGAGGAGAUCAUCUCUAACACCAAGCUGGUGAUCCAGGGCCUGGAGGCGCUGAAGAACGAGCACAACUCCAUCCUGCACAGCCUUCUGGAGACCAUCAAGUGCCUGAAGAAGGACGAGGAGGCCAGUGUGGUGCACGAGAAGUCCAGUCUGCUGCGCAAGUCUGUGGAGAUGAUCGAGCUCGGGCUGGGCGAGGCUCAGGUGAUGAUGGCUCUGUCCAAUCAUCUAAACGCGGUGGAGUCUGAGAAGCAGAAGCUGCGGGCUCAGGUCAGGCGUCUCUGUCAGGAGAACCAGUGGCUGAGGGACGAGCUGGCCAACACCCAGCAGAAGCUGCAGAAGAGCGAGCAGAACGUGGCACAGCUGGAGGAGGAGAAGAAGCACCUGGAGUUCAUGAACCAGCUCAAGAAGUACGACGAGGACGUGUCUCCUUCGGAGGAGAAGGACGGUGAACCGCCGAAGGACUCUCUGGACGAUCUCUUUCCUAACGAUGAGGAGGAACACACUCAAGGAAUGCAGCAGCAGCACAACAGCGCGGCGGUGGCGGCGGCUCAGCAGGGCGGCUACGAGAUCCCGGCCCGGCUGAGGACGCUCCAUAACCUGGUGAUCCAGUACGCCUCGCAGGGCCGCUACGAGGUGGCUGUGCCUCUCUGUAAACAAGCCCUGGAGGACCUGGAGAAGACCUCGGGACACGACCACCCCGACGUGGCCACCAUGCUCAACAUCCUGGCCCUCGUGUACCGGGAUCAGAACAAAUACAAGGAGGCCGCUCACCUGCUGAACGAUGCUCUCUCCAUCAGAGAGAAAACUCUGGGCAAAGACCACCCUGCUGUCGCUGCCACUCUUAAUAACCUGGCGGUGCUGUACGGGAAGAGAGGCAAGUAUAAGGAGGCUGAGCCGCUGUGCAAACGAGCUCUGGAGAUCCGAGAGAAGGUGCUGGGGAAGGAUCAUCCUGACGUGGCCAAGCAGCUGAAUAACCUGGCGCUGCUGUGUCAGAAUCAGGGCAAGUACGAGGAGGUGGAGUAUUAUUACUGCAGAGCUCUGGAGAUCUACGAGUGCCGGCUCGGCCCGGAUGACCCCAACGUGGCCAAAACCAAAAACAACCUGGCGUCCUGCUUCCUCAAACAAGGCAAAUACAAAGAAGCGGAGGUUCUGUAUAAAGAGAUUCUGACCCGUGCUCAUGAGAAGGAGUUUGGCUCAGUGGACGCCGAAAACAAACCCAUCUGGAUGCACGCCGAAGAGAGAGAGGAGAUGAGCAAGGGGAAGCACAGAGACAACAUGCCAUACGGUGAAUAUGGAGGCUGGUACAAAGCCUGUAAAGUCAACAGCCCGACGGUCAACACAACGCUGAGGAACCUGGGAGCUCUGUACCGCAGACAGGGCAAGCUGGAGGCAGCCGAGACACUGGAGGAGUGUGCUGUGAGGUCCCGCAAACAGAGCAACUCUGGUCUGGACCCGGUCCAGCAAACCCGUGUGGUGGAGCUGCUGAAGGAGGACGGACGGCGCAGCAGAGACAGUCUGUCCAGUGUGAAGUACGAGAGCGGCUCUGAGGCCGGGGAUGAAGUGAGUAUGGCCAUAGAGUGGAGCGGGGCAUAAAGCCGUGCAGAGUUUCUUCAUCUUCUUCCUCCUCACACAGGAAGGGCCGUGUUUGUUAGUUUUCUCUGGACGUUGAUCCUGGGCAGAAGGACGCGUCUCUCCUCAACCCCGCUUCUUCUGUUCUUUCUUCGGUUGAUGUGACGAUGUCUUUGGGCUCUUCAUCUUCUCUCUCUCUCAUCUCUGACGUGUUGAUAAUCGAUGUCGACACUUUCAUCUAUCGCCGUUUCAUCGCGGCCUCGCCGAUGAUGUGUGACUUUCAGACUGAACUCUUAAUUCUGCAGAUUUGAUGGUUUUGCUCUUUUUGCUGUCCGUGUGUUUGAGCAGCUUCUGCUGGUGAACAAUCAUCUGUGUUUCACAGAAACUCGCUCUUGAUGCUUAUGUUUUGUAAGAUAUGAUAAAUGAUGAUUUCGUGUGGCUUGAGCACGUCCGAAACGAACAACAGACGAACAUCACGGACGCUUUCUCUUGUGCUCCAGUGUCAAAGUAAUGUUUACAGUCAUUAAAGCUUGCGGUGGGUUUGAUGAAUGAGGCGGCAGUGGACACGCUUGAGUUCUGGGAAUUAUACAUCGAACGGAAGCUUGAUUCCGCCACACAGUUAAAGUAAAUAAAAAGGUAAUUACAACUUUUUAUCUCACAGUUCUGAAUUUAUGACUUUGUAUAAGAAUUGUGUGACGUAAACACAGCUCAAAAUUGUGGACAAGCGUAAAAAGUAACUAUAGUAACACAAAUUCGAAUUGUGAAACAAACGCGUGACGUAAACUCAACUGCCAAAACAAGUGUAGAAUUACAAAAUAAAACCAAACUGAAAACGUAACUAUAAUAAUAAAAAUACGUAACUGACCAAAUUAACAGACAUGAGCGAUAUAAACUCGAUAUUGUAAAACAAACUCAGGAUCGCGAUUAAUUGAGGCGUAGAACUCUUAGCUGCGAAACAAAUUCGUAAUUGGAAAAUAAAAAGUACGAAUGAACUAAAAAUUGCUAAAUAAAUCGUAACCAAAUCGUAUAAAUAUUUUAAUUGUAAAGUGAAGUCUGAAUUACAAAAAAAAGUUCUUAAUGGUGAGAUAAACAUUCGCAAUUACGUUUUUUUUUUUUUUUUUAUGUGAUUGCAUAAACAAGCUCGCAUAUCUAUCAUCUAUUACACGAACGAGUCUGACUCUUUGAGCUCGUGCUCACGGUCUGGUCCAGAUCUUCAUGUUUCAGCUGUAAAGGGAACAGUAUGGAGUCGUCGGUAUUCAGAACAGUUCAGUCGUUCGUUAGACUCCAGACACGUGACGUUCGGUGACUGAGGAUCAAAUGUAAAGUGUGUUAAAAGACAAACGCAGAGGUGUUUUUUUAUUUAGCGCUUUUAACAAUCCAGAGUGUGUCAAAGCAGCCGUUCAGUAUUAAAUAAGAAGUGUGUGAAUAAUGCACAAGGACAAUAGUGAAGGUCUCAGUCGAAGGCAGAUCGUCGGCGUCGCGGUUCAGUUCAGAUUAAAAACAGUCUGCACAAUCAAGUCCGAUCUAAUCCUUCAGCAGAGAUCCUCACGCUCCGUACAGAGCCUUAAAGAAGCGCGGCAGCAGCCGACGGGAGUGAGCGCCAGGCCUUGAUUAUUAGCCGUUUCCACUGACGACGGUCGUUUGAUUCAUUCCAGACACACACACACACACACACACACACACACACACACACACACACACGAUGAUGAUGAUGAUGAUGAUGAUGAUGAUGAUGCAGUACAAAA